AUGGAGAACCUGGACAUGGAGAUUUGGAGAGACGUCUUUAGGGACCUGAUGGAACUGGUGAAACCUGGGGAUGCCUGGAAGUUAACCCUGGACCAGAAACGUGACUUCAACGAAGUGCUGUCUGGAUGGAAGAGAUACCUGCAGAGGCGGGUCUGUGCAAGAUUCACAUGCUCACAAUGUCGUCGCGGAUGGACCUCGCAUCCAGCAGUGAUCUUGUUCUACCUGCGUUGGGAGCGAUCUGUGAAGCGAGGACGGGUGAAGCUGAAGUUCUUCUACCAAAAGUGCCAUGAUUGUGGAUCGAGCAAAUAUGAAGAGCCCGAAUUUACUGAGGAGACCAUCCUCAAUGUCUUGGAGGACUUGGUCUUCACCAUAAGAAAGAGGUGCUACCAAGAGCACAUAGAGGACUGGAACCCCCAGGAAGUCGUCUGCUACAUAAGGAGGAUUAUUAUAAACCAUCAUGAUGAGAUCAAGCUGAUCCUCGAAGGAAAGAUGUUGAACCUGGACGUGGAGCUUUGGCUAGAGGUUUUCAAGAAGGUGAUGGAAGAGGUGAAACCUGGGGAUGCCUGGAAGCUAAAACUGGAUCCGAAUCUUGAAUUCCAUCAGGUGCCACCUGGCUGGAAAAGAUUCACAUGCUCACAAUGCCAUCACAGGUGGACCUCGCACCAAGCAGUGAUCUUAUUCCACCUGCGUUGGGAGCGAUCUGUGAAGCAAGGACGGGUGAAGAUGAAGUUCUUCAACCAACGGUGCCGUGAAUGUGGCUCGAGCAACUAUGAAGCGCCGCAGUUUACUGAGGAGACCAUCCUCAAUGUCUUGGUACGUUUGGUCUUCACCAUAAGAAAGAAGUGCUACCGAGAGCUAGUCGAGGACCGGGACCUCCGCGAGGUGGUCUGCCACAGUGGUGGCCCCCCACAUAAGGAGGAUUAUUGUGAAGCUUGCCAACUGGGAAUCCACAAGGGGCCUUCUGAGGCCCCUCAAGAUGGAGUCCCCCAAGACAGGAUGUCCCCUCAGAAGCCCCAACUCAUAAGGCAGUACACUUGGUCUCCAAGCAUAACUAGUGAUGGGGCAAGCUUUCCUCGGGAAUCCCAGCACAGAGAGAUUUCAGAGGCCAUUAGAGUGGGAGGGAGUGCCCCAGGGCAUUCAGAGACCCCUCAAGAUGGAGUCUCUCAUGGCAAGACUUCCCCUCUGAAGCCCAAACUCAUAAGGCAGUACACUUGGUCUCCAAGCAUAACUAGUGAUGGGGAAACCUUUCCUUGGAAAUCCCAACACAGAGAGAUUUCAGAUGCACUGAGUCAAAGAGCGGCUUCCCAAGAACGACUCCUCCCAUCGUCCCCAAGAGUCAGUGGCCGUGGCAAGUGUUGCAUUUCCUGCGUGGUUGUGGUUAUUAUCCUCAUUGCCUUUAUUGUUCUCAUUUGGUUUUUGAAGAAUUGGUUCUAGGGAGAGUAGAAUCAAUGGGAGAUUAUAACACAAAUUCAGAAAUCCUACCACAGCACAGACGGUGCCUUGCCUAGACAGAUGUGUGUGAAUGCUCUUUAUUUCCCUCCUUUGAUUCUUUCAUCGGUUGUUCUGUAUCCUCUAAUUCUGUGGCUGCUCAAUAAACCUCUGGCGCAAGAGGCUUCUUCCUUUCUUCCAUUUGAGUCGGUGUUGUUGUCAAUAAAAGUUCGUCAGCUGAAACACUCAUUAAGAGUGCCAUUUGACUAUUGCCAGGCCUGACCAUUGAGGGGAAACCAAUAGUAAUUUUACAAA